CCCCAUUGGCUAAUUGACGUCUGGGCCGGGAGAGUGCACGCCUUUGCGGACCGAUGUGGGGAACUGGGAGUUCGGGAGUUGCAACUGGCGGGUUCCGGAAUUUGCCACCAGUUGGUUCACGGGUCAUCACGGGUUCCGGACGGACAUGAAUCAAUGAGUGUGCUGUUUGUGCUGCAUUUCCUCGGCAACUCACUCACAGUCGCUGGCACUGUGUCACAAACAGUAACUGCCACCCGCGUCAGGCGCCAUUGGCGCCAUUUUUGCGUUCUCAAGGCAGUUGGCAGAAAAUGGGGUCCCUUGAUUCCCUGUCCGACCUCUUUAGUGCCUUCAAUAUCGGAAACCCUUUCGGCGCUCGCGAUGGGGCGUCGGGCGCAAAAAAACCGCUGGCGACCUCAGCUGUCACGCUCAUUUCCCAUACGCAUGGACGCGACCGCCGCGAGCAGCGCGGCAUCGAGCGGCGGGAGCUGCAGGAGGCGGUAAAGUACGGGCGCAAGGAGCGAGCCAACCCGGGGCGCGACGGCCAGGCUCGGUGGAGAUACACGCACAAGGGUGUGGUGUACAUCACGGACGACAGCAGCCGCCACGAGAUCACCAGCUGGCGCCUGGAUGACGCGCUGGACGCGCCGCCAGCCGCCGUGGGGCCGGCCGGCGGCGGCACGGCCCACGUGAUCGUGGUGGUUGACCACAGCGGCUCCAUGCGCAAGGACGACGUGCCCGGGUACGGCAGCCGUACGGCGGCGGUGUACGACUGCCUGGCACGUGACCUGGUGGAGCCGCAGCUCAAGGUGCUGGGCGGAAGCAGGAUGGAGAUCUCGCUAAUUGAAAUGCAAGACGAGGCGGAGGUGGUGCUGUGCCGCAGCGGCGCCACCGCCGACCUGCUCAGCUACCUGAAGCGCCGCAGCAGCACCGCCUACGCCCGCUCACACGGUAACUACCUGCCCGCGCUGGACGAGGCCCUGGGGCUGAUGCGCGAGGACGCGGCAGAGCAGAAGCAGCUGUUUCUGACACGGGCAGCGGCCGGACCUUUUACGGGCGGGGGCUGGGCGGCCGGUAAGCCGAGCCUGGUCAACUGUCCGUACUCGGAGUCCGGCACGAGCGGCUGCCGCGCCCUCGUCCGCAAGUCGGUGAACGAGAAGUGCCUGGCCCGCAUUCGUAACAUGGGCGACCUGCUGGGGCGCGACCGCGUGUCCGUCAACACCGUGGCCUUCGGGCCGGCAGCGGAGGACUUUGCGGUGCUGCAGGCCAUGAGCAAGGUGCUGCCGCGGGGCUCAUUCCAGAAGCUGGGCCUGUCCGCCCAGUGCCUCAAGACCGCCUUCACCUCCCUCACCAGCAGCCUCGCCACGCUGCGCACUGAGGCGGUGGGCGGAGGCGGCGCGGGACUCACGCUGCGAACAGACCUGCGCGCCAAGGGACAGCGACAGGAGUACGAGGAGCACCACCGGAUCACUAACGGCGUCACCUUUGACGUCUACGUCGGCAAAAAGUUCAUCUUCAAGCGCCAAUACGACCGCCACGCCGGCGAGCUGGUGGACGUGCCCCUCGCCGCAGCCCACCAGCUGCGAGCUUACCAGGAGCAGCACCCACACGCCGAGAUCCAGUUGGGCGUUGCGCACGGCCGUAACUGGUUCAGCGAGGGCGCGGAGCGGGUGGUGUUCCAGUGCACGGAGGUGGUGUCGGUGGACGGGGGCGCCACAGCGCACGCCAUCGGGCCGCGGCUGGUGGCGAAGCAAAGCCGGCACGAGGAGCAGGUGUUUGAGCCCAAGUUCCACCGCACCUUCUGCCGCACACAGGGCGAGGCGGCUGAGCUGGCGGCGCUGUUCAACCGGCGUCUGGCGCGGGGCCCGGCCUGGCAGGUGCACUUCCUGCCCUGCUACGUGUACAAGAUCAUUGACGGCUACUACGCCUACAGCAAGGGCGGGCAGCUGGAGAUCCUGGUGGAGCAGGAGCUGGAGGGCAGGUUCACCAAGUGGAACAACAACGCGGGCGGCGUGAGCCAGGGCCGCAGCGGCCUCGCCAGCUCGGUCCGCAACAACACCGCGCCCCAGCAAGCGAGACCCGCCAACAACGCAACAGCACUGGGUGCGAUUGCGGAGGACGAUGAGGUGGAGGACGGGGACGGGGAGGAGCGAGACAACGACGACGACGAUGGGGAGGAGGAGGAGGACGUAAACAACGGUGGCAGCAUCGACGGCGUGCCGCAGGCGUUCUCGCACUUCACGUGGGACUGCACCGGCGGCCAGAAGCUGGUGUGCGACCUGCAGGGUGUGUGGAACUCCACCGACGGCUUCACGCUGACGGACCCGGUCAUUCAUCAUGCCCUGGGCGGCCACCGCAACGGCGCCACGGACAAGGGUCAGGCCGGCAUACACGCCUUCUUCGCCACGCACACCUGCAACGCCCUGUGCCGCCAACUGGGGCUGCGGUCAGGACCGGUGCGCUGAAAGGGCGGGCCGCCGAGGCCUCCUGUAAUGUACUUUAGGUGUAGCUGGAGAGCAUGCGUUCAAAUGCCGCUUGUGUGCGGCCACUGCUGUUCCGAUAGUUGUGAGCCCAGUCGAACUGCUGACCCAAUACAGGUGCAGUGCGUGAGGGCAUUGGUUGCAACAGGACGUACUGGCGCAGCUCACAGGCGAUUUCUGCUCUAGACCAGAGGGGCGUGAGCUGAACGGCAGUUGUUCCUGUCUACUAAGUUUUGGGUCCCUGCGUGCAUCAUCUGACUGUAUAUACUGUGACGGUUGAAGUUCUGGUUGGUCCUGCUGCCUGUUGCCCUGCUGGUCUAGCAGUGUUGCCAGUAUGUUGCAAAGUGCAGGGGGCGGUGCUUUGGUGGGCCAGGGCCCAGGGGUCUCUGCAUGGGCCACACUGUUUGAGAGUCUAUAUUAUAACGUCA